ACAGUACUCUUAUUAACUCAUUCAGAGGAAAAAUGAUCCCUGUGACUGUAAGAGAGGGAAGGACUAGGCGUCUCCAUCAGGAAAUGGAAAUGGAAACAUGUAGGUGGGAAAGGUUGGAAAAAGAGUAGGACUUCUUCCUCUGAGUUUGUAGCAUAUCUCUCUCUUUAUAUAGCAGUUACCACACACACAAACGCACAGAGAGACAGAUAUAUAGAGAGAAUGGAGAAGAAUGGUGGAGGAACCAUGGAGAAUAAUGAGAAAGCUGUUGGAACUAAAGAGCCUAAAAUUAACUACAGAGGAUGGAGAUCCAUGCCAUUUAUCAUAGGGAAUGAGACUUUUGAGAAGCUGGGAGCCAUUGGCACCUUAUCCAACCUCUUGAUCUAUCUUACUAGCGUCUUCAACAUGAAGAGCAUUACAGCUGCAACCAUGAUCAACGUCUUCAAUGGUACCACCAAUUUCUCCACCUUGAUUGGAGCUUUCCUCUGUGACACUUACUUUGGUCGCUAUAAGACAUUGGGGUUUGCUACGGUCGCCUCCUUUAUGGGGUUGCUUCUGAUACAACUAACAGCGGCAAUCAAGAAGCUGCAUCCACCCUCCUGCGGAUCAGGAGAGAAUGACACGUGCAAAGGGGCAACGGCAGGGCAAUUGGCAUUUUUACUGACUGGGUUUGGACUUCUAAUAGUAGGGGCUGCUGGCAUUCGGCCAUGCAACCUGGCCUUUGGAGCCGACCAAUUCAACCCUGAAACAGAAUCUGGGAAGAGGGGAAUCAAUAGUUUUUUCAAUUGGUACUUCUUUACCUUUACUUUUGCUCAGUUGGUAUCCGUGACACUCAUUGUGUAUGUGCAGUCCAAUGUGAGCUGGGCUAUAGGUUUAGGAAUUCCAGCAAUUCUGAUGCUCAUUUCGUGUGCACUCUUUUUCAUUGGUUCAAAAAUGUAUGUGAAAGUUAAAGCCACAGGUAGUCCUGUGACCAGUCUGGCACAGGUCAUAGUGGUUGCUAUUAAGAAAAGGUCGUUAAAAUCGCCAGAACAGCCAUGGCUCUCCCUCUUCAACCAUGUUUCUCCUAGUUCUAUUAACUCCAAGCUUCCAUACUCCGAUCAAUUCAGAUUCCUGGACAAAGCCGCAAUUGUGACCCCCGGAGACGAAAUAAACAAAGAUGGAUCAGCAACUGAUCCUUGGAAACUAUGCACCAUGCAGCAAGUGGAAGAAGUGAAAUGCUUGUUCAGAGUGAUUCCUAUAUGGAUUGCAGCCCUCAUAUAUUAUCUUGUCAUAGUUCAACAGCAUAUUUAUGCAGUAUUCCAAGCCCAGCAAUCUAACAGACGCCUAGGAAACAGCAACUUCAAGAUCCCAGCUGCAUCCUACAUUGUCUUUUUGAUGCUGAGCUUGACCAUUUGGAUACCCAUCUAUGACAGAAUUGUUGUCCCGUUCCUCCAAAGGAUCACUGGAAAAGAAGGCGGCAUCACAGUCCUCCAGAGAAUGGGAAUUGGCAUAUUUCUCUCUAUUAUCACUAUGCUAGUAUCUGCUCUGGUAGAAGGGCGUCGAAGGACAAUAGCUCUAACCAAGCCAACUCUAGGAGUUGAACCAAGAAGAGGAGCUAUUUCCUCAAUGUCAGGUCUCUGGUUAAUUCCUCAACUAACACUAGCUGGACUAGUUGAAGCAUUCGCAGCCGUUGGCCAAGUUGAAUUCUACUACAAGCAAUUCCCUGAGAAUAUGAGAAGCAUUGGUGGAUCUCUAUUAUUUUGUGGCAUGGGAGGUUCAAGUUAUUUGAGUAAUUUCCUGAUAUCAAUUAUUCAUCGAACAACAAAGGGGGCUGCGACCGGAAAUUGGUUGCCAGAAGAUCUUAACAAGGGAAGAUUGGACUACUUUUAUUACACAAUUGCUGCUAUAGAGGUGCUGAAUUUGGGCUACUUUCUAGUUUGUGCAAGGUGGUACAGGUACAAAGGGACUGGCAAGGAUGAUACCCUUGAAGAGAAGCUUGGAUCAACACAAUCUGGAAAAACAAUUGCCUGAUGAUAAACAAGUUCACAGCUAAUCUUCAUUGUAUUAGGCUAUAUAUAUACACACACCAUCUUGAAUAAUAUUUUUAGAGGCAGUUUAAGGUCCAUUACUUAUGUACCGACUUUAUGUAGGUUCAUAUCAGUUGAAUAGAAAAUGCCAGUUUCUGAUGCAGAGUUAAGCUAAA